AUGAUCGAUCAGUCGGAGCAUGUCGGAGCAAUGGGAGGUCGCAAAGCUGCGAACGUUGGAAGGACGACUCCGACGAGCUCACGGGCGAAGGGAUCGUGCGAUGAGUUCACUCAGACGCCUCGGCAGCAGCUUCGGGCCGCCGGGCAGCAGAUUCGAGCUCAAGGCAGCUGCAGACGGCUGAUGAUUGGAGUGCACGGGCCACGUGCACGUGCGAUGAGCUCACUCAGACGCCUCGGCAGAUCGAGUCCUGGAACCUCUCCUGGGAGGAUGAUGCACGACAAGCGUCAAGGGACUAGCUCCCGGCUGCGGGCAAUUGAAAGGGGUGAUGUGGGGCUUGUGAGAGGAUGGCCUCGGUGCCAGUGCAGCAGGCCCACCUGUGUGGUGCAAGAGAAAGUGUCCAGAGCAUUUGGAUGCCGAGAUGAGGGUGAGCAAGCCGCCAUUGCCAUCAGGACGAAUCCCCUGGCUCAGCUCCGGGCUGCGCAGCCGGCACCCGGUCACCCGGUCGGCGCGGAACAGCACGACUUGACUGCAAUCUACUAUGUGCAGGUUGGUCACGAAUGCCUUGGCGUUUCGACCGGCGCUUCAGCUGCUUAA